AUGGCAAACUCCUCUAGUUUUGUUAACCUAUUAGCCAGCCAAGGGUCAGUUGACCUUGACUCAUCAGAACCUCUUUGGUUUAGCAGCCAAUGUCCUGAUGAGUCUAGUGUCAAAGAGAGGAGAAAAUGGUCACCCAAGGAGGAUAUAAUCCUCAUUGGUGCUUGGCUCAACACCAGCAAAGACCCAAUAGUGAGUAAUGAACAAAAAGCUGGUGCCUUCUGGAAGAGGAUUGUAGAGUACUACAACUCCAGUCCUCUCCUGGUUGGGACAACCCCAAGAGAACUUGAGCGAUGCAAGCAAAGAUGGGCUAGGAUCAAUGAUUUGGUCUGUAAGUUUGCUGGCUGCUACGAGAUGGCACUGAGGGAGCAGAGAAGCGGGCAAAAUGACAACGAUGUGAUGAAGGCUGCCUUGGAUAUCUUCCACAGUGACCAGAAAAUGAAGUUCAACUUGGAACAUACGUGGAGGGAGCUUAGGCAUGAUGUGAAAUGGUGCUCCACCUAUCUGGAGAAGGACAAUGCUAAGGAAAAGCGCAAACCAGUGGAUUCUGUUGAUGGUCAAGGGGCAGUGCCAGAGCCAGAAGAGAGACCAAUAAAUAGAGGAAACGUGCAUAUAUCGAACGAAACCGCGAAGCAGGCCACAACCGUCUAUGGAAUGACUACUUCAGUGAAGAUCCGACAUUUCCGGCUCAUUUAUUCAGACGCCGUUUCCGCAUGA